AUGCCUCCAUCAGUAACUGCAUUUACACCUGCACCAGCAUCUUCAUCAUCUUUCAAACCCUCCUGGCAGUCUACCUAUCCUUGGAUCGGGACCCCGCUUAUAGCGUCGGCUCCUAUGCUGAACAUUGCCAUGCCUUCGCUCGCCGUGUCGGUCUCGUCCGCCGGGGGCAUAGGGUUUCUUGCUGGAGGAUACGACGUCUCCAACUUAGAACGCAACCUCCAGGAGGCGGUUUAUCUCGUAGAACGGACAGACACAUCGAUCCGAUCAGUCUUUCAUAACACCGGUACUCUACCCAUCGGGGUCGGUUUUCUCACGUGGGGCGCGGACCUCGAGUCGUCGGUUGCCUCCAUCAAGCGAUAUAGGCCGUGCGCCGUGUGGCUCUUCGGCCCUCAGACCCAUCCUGAUGACUUGAUUCCGUGGGUGAACCGGGUGCGCGCCGCCACCUACGGAGGGACCAAGAUCUGGAUUCAGGUUGGCACGGUCGCGGAAGCGGUGGCUGCGGCAGAGACCCUCUGUCCGGAUGUAUUGAUCGUCCAGGGCUCGGACGCUGGUGGUCACGGUCUGGCCCACUCGGCUUCCGUCAUCACAUUAGUCCCCGAGGUAUGCGAUGCCCUCAAAGAACGCGGGAAGAGUGCGAUCGCCGUGGUAGCGGCGGGUGGGAUCAUCGACGGGCGAGGGAUUGCCGCCUCUUUGGCUUUGGGAUCCACCGGGGUCGUCAUGGGCACGCGCUUCUUGGCCUCGGCGGAAGCGAACAUCGCCCGUGGCUACCAGUACGAGAUCCUACGAGCGUCCGAUGGGGGUGUCAGCACCGUCCGUUCUACGGUGUACGAUCGGGUGAGAGGGAUCAAGGGCUGGCCGAGCCGAUACGAUGGACGCGGCGUAAUCAAUCGAAGCUACACGGAUGCUACGGAAUGUGGCAUGGAUGACGAAGAGAACCGCAGGUUGUAUACAAGAGAGUUGGAGAAGGGAAAUUCGGGAUGGGGCCCCGGGGGGCGGUUGACCACCUACGCUGGCAGUGGAGUUGGUCUCGUAAAAGUGACAAUGCCCGCGGCAAAGAUCCUGAAUCAAGUACGGCUGGAGGCAAGGGACGCAGUUCAACGGCUUGCAGGAUCAUGA